GCGCGAAGUGCCCUCCGACGAGGGUGUUGGUCAUUGGAAGUAAAAAAUGCCCUCAAAAUCGGAUUAAGUUGGGUCUGUGAGCGGAAUGGCGAUGGCCGACGACAACGACGUGGAUUCGGAGUGGGACGAUUUCGAUCGUCUCAUGAGCGAGUACAAGGUGCGGCAGAGGAGCGUGAACCCCUCGCCGGUCCUCCGGCACCGAGACCGACACAUCGAUGAGUACUACUCGAACCAGCAGCGGGGCCAGAGCUUCUACCCCUGCCCGGCCCCGGAGCCCAACUUCGAUUACCCCAUCGACUACAUUCAAACUGCGAUGUAUGGCCGCUAUACAAAGGAGCUGGGUCAAUACGCAAAGGAGGAGGCGAAAGCGCUGGAAAAGAAGCUUAGGAAAGAGGAAAUUCUUCGGCGGGAAGAUCUCGACAAAUAUCGGGGCCGGUGCGCAUCGAGAAUAGCGAACACAUUCAGUUUUAUCUGGAGGCAUUCGUUCGCCAAACUAGGGGAGGACUGGGUAUUUUUAGCGCUCCUCGGGAUCAUCAUGGCGGUUCUUAGUUUCUUAAUGGAUGGCGGCAUCAGUAUUUGUAAUAAAAGUCAUAAAUGGCUGUACAGAGACCUCGCCGUACAUCCUGUAGCAAAAUAUUUUGCGUGGGUAACUUUACCUACUUGUUUAAUUUUAUUUUCUGCCGGUUUUGUUCACAUAGUGGCGCCACAAUCAAUAGGUUCUGGAAUUCCAGAAAUGAAAACAAUUCUCCGGGGCGUAGCCUUGAAGGAGUAUUUAACCUUUAGAACUUUAGUGGCCAAAGUCAUAGGACUGACUGCAACUUUGGGCAGUGGACUACCUCUGGGUAAAGAGGGUCCGUUUGUACAUAUAGCUAGUAUAGUAGCAACUCUUUUAUCAAAACUAGUGUCUUCCUUUCAAGGGAUUUAUGAGAAUGAGUCUCGAAACACCGAAAUGUUGGCCGCCGCGUGUGCUGUCGGGGUCGCCAGCUGUUUCGGUGCCCCAAUAGGAGGUGUACUUUUUAGUAUUGAAGUAACGACUGUUUACUUCGCAAUCCGUAAUUAUUGGAGAGGUUUCUUCACAGCCGUAUGCGGAGCGACUGUGUUUCGACUCUUAGCUGUUUGGUUUCAUAAAGAAGAAACUGUGAAAGCAUUUUUCCCAACUCACUACACGAUGGAUUUUCCAUUUGAUCCGCAAGAGCUCACAGUGUUUGCGCUCAUUGGAGUUUUUUGCGGUCUUGGUGGUGCCGGUUAUGUAUGGUCUCACCGGCAGUAUGUCCUCUUCAUGAGGCAUAAUAAGCAAGUCAGUGCUUUCCUCCAGAGGAAUCGCUUCUUGUACCCAGGAUUCGUUGUGCUUGCAGCGACGUCUGUUUCUUUCCCCUUGGGAUUGGGCAAAUAUAUGGCCGGUGAUCUCAAUACGCAUGACCAGGUAUCCGGUUUAUUCAGUAAUUUCACAUGGACGAAGGGUGAAUUCACUGUUCAAGAGGCCCAAAUCCUUCAGCACUGGACCACAGAUAAUACUGAUGUCUUCGUCAGUCUAGCCGGUUUCAUGCUUUACACGUAUGUGUUUUCUAUCAUUGGCUCGACCAUCCCUGUUCCAUCGGGAAGUUUCAUACCUGUUUUUAAAAUCGGCGCAGCGUUUGGUCGUAUUGUUGGUGAAAUGAUUCAUAUUUGGUUUCCAUACGGAGUGCGCCAUGGAAAUUUUAUCGCUCCUAUUAUUCCAGGUGGAUACGCCACUGUUGGCGCUGCCGCAUUUUCAGGAGCAGUCACGCACACAAUUUCUGUUUCCGUCAUAGUUUUUGAAAUGACCGGACAGAUUACACACAUCGUACCAGUCAUGAUAGCUGUUUUGAUCUCAAAUGCUAUAGCAGCUUUACUGCAACCCUCUCUUUAUGAUAGCAUUAUUUUAAUAAAGAAAUUGCCGUAUCUUCCAGAUCUGUUGCCUUCUAGUUCUAGUAUUUACAAUGUUUACGUCGAAGACUUCAUGGUGAGAGACGUAAAAUUUAUCUGGCAGAACAUGAGCUACCGUGAUCUCAAGGCUGUUCUGAAAGAGAACAGACGGAUUCGAGUCUUCCCAUUGGUCGAAAAACCCGGUACGAUGAUACUUUUAGGAUCAGUUCAGAGACUUGAAUUGAUAAAAAUGUUAGAAAAACACGUUGGAAGAGAGAGGAGGCUUCAAGUUGUCGCUAAAUGGCAAAAAGAAGCUCAAGAAAGAAUGGAGGAGCUUCACAGAAAAAGACUUGAAAAUCACCAAAGACGACCUUCCAGGUUUGAAGUGACUCCUGCGCCAGACAUUCUUCGGAUGAAACAAAUUUCGACCGAUGAAUUACCCAGUUUGUCAUCCACACAAGCAAGCACGGAUAAUUUGAAUCAGCCCCAAUUUCAUCCAGUGUACGGCUGUCAACCGAGGAAGUCCAUCCUCAAGAAAACGAAUUCAUUCACUUUAAGGAACUACAGUCCUAGUCUAAUAAGCCCUGUUGUCACACCGUACACAACAGUGACCGGAGCUGAAAGCAGAAUUAGGCUAGCCUUUGAGGCCAUUUUCCACAAAUCAGCAAAACUUCAGGAUGUGAAUCCUGACCCAGAAUUGGGAGCUGAGAGACACCCUAGCGAUAGUUCUAUCAGUCAAAACCCUCCAAUGAGUCCUGGUAUUUUAAAGAAAGUUCAGUUGCCAAGGGAGAGGGUGAUCGACAUGUCUCCAGAGGACCAAAAGCAGUGGGAGGAGGAAGAGAUGAGGCAGCUUGUCAAUUUUAGCGACUGCCAUAUCGACCCCGCACCAUUUCAGUUGGUCGAGAAAACUUCUCUCCUCAAAGUCCAUUCCAUAUUUUCACUCAUAGGUAUCAAUCAAGCGUACGUAACGGCCAUUGGUCAGCUGGUCGGAGUUGUCGGAAUGAAAGAGUUGCGCAAAGCGAUCGAGGACUCAAAUUCUGGCGCUUUCCCCCACCAACAAAAUCAGCAGCAACAAAGACAAUCAGUAACCGAAGCAUUACUGAAUCCAGCAGAUCUCAAAUCGAACAACAAUGAAAAUAAUAUUCCAUCUUGUAAACCCAUCAAUUAAACGUGAUUUUUCUAGUCGUA